GCAAGGGUGUAUGAGCAAGUUAUUUAUUUACUAUUUCGUCUGUAUAGAUAAGAUUUAAGAAAUUCCGUCAUGGUAAUUUCAUGUGUGGUUGUUGGCUGCACACAUCGAUUUAGAAAAGACUGUGGAAUUAAGUUCCAUCGAAUUCCUUUGGAAGCGGAACGACGAGCCAAAUGGCUUCAAGCCAUAAACAGAAAGCAAUGGACGCCUUCCCACAGCGGAGAUCGUGUUUGUGGAGUUCAUUUUAUAUCAGGAUCUGCUAGCAGUAAAAAGGAAGACCCAGACUACAUCCCACAUGUCAACAUGGGAUACCAAAAAGCAUCAGUGCUUUUCAGCCCAGAAGCAAAGAAAGAUCGAUAUACAAGAGCAGUCAGACGAGAGGGUGAGAAAGAUCUGAAUAUGAUAAAGAAAGCAGAUGAAAAAAGCAGAGAUUGUGCUGCAUCAGCCCUGUUGGAGUUGUAUGAACCGCAAGCAAUUGUUGCAGAUACAAAUGAUGGCACUUUGGAAAAAGAAAAUUUCACAAGAUCAGAUAUCCAUGAUCACUGUCUUCGUAAAAUUACUUUAUUAAAAAGAGAGAACAGACAGCUCCUGGAUGAAGUUGAGACACUUCAACAUGAAUUAAGGGAUGCUAAGGAGAAAACUGGUGUCAGAUUCUGUGAUUCUUUCCUUUCUGCACACAACAAGGACAUCAGAACUUCAUUUUUCACUGGCAUUCCAAACUAUGCAACAUUCUUGUGGGUAGUUCAGUAUUGUUCUUCUACAUUGCCAACAUCUGGAGUUCUAAAUCGAGCUACCAUUGUAAUGAUGACAUUGAUGAAAUUGAGACUUAAUUUUUCUAAUUAG